CUGACCAACUAAUCUAUCGGUUGUCAUUAUCUCCUUUGAGUUUGUUACCAGCAAUUUUUCUUGUCGGUUCAGUGACUUCUAGCACUGAUUGUAUACCCGGUUUGGUACAUAUUACACCCUACUCAGCCAAAAAAAGGUAAUGUGUCGCUUGACAAAACAUUAAAUUUGAUAAUCAGACCUUGUGAAAAGAAGAUUAUUUUUUGGAGAAGAAAUUAGCUCAAUUCAACAGGAAUAAUCUUUCUGCAGAAAAAAGAAACCAGUGGUUAAUUACUUAUAUCUUAUUUAAAAGUGUAUAUGGUAAAAUUUCUAAUUUAAAUUGGAAUCAGAGAACUUGGACCGCAUCGUAAACAGUACAACAUAUAAGGAAAGGAUUAUCAAAAUGAUGUGAAAAAUGUCUUAUUUGAAACUUAAACUAUACAUUUAAGAAACCUCAAUCAUUUAUAAGUGAAGAAUUUUUUACGCAACUUUUAAAAGAUGUCACGAUCAGCAUGUGCCUCUCCUUGUUCUGCAGAUGAAGAGGAAUCAAUUAACGUUGAAAAAUGUGAUUCAGAUGACGAACAGACGACAGGAAACAAAACAAUAGACAAAUGUCCAUUACAAAAUUCAGAAAACUUAGUGUCAUCAAAUAAGUGUAAUAUUAUUGACAAUACUUUUCCUAGUCCGCCAAGAAGAUCUUUCUUUAUAACUGACAUUUUAUCAGAUGCUAAUAAAAACACUGGAAACCUCUCAGCAUUCAAACCUCUACGGGUUCCAACAAACUUUUUCUCCUCACAAACCUUAUCAACGUCAGAGGAUCCGUUUAGAAGAGGAUUACAACUAGGACAGUUUAAAGGUCCACAUGGUAUAGGUCUGGGGAAAUCUUGUUCUGAAAGUGUCAAGUCGGAUGAGUCUGAAGACGACGAUGAUGAUGAUUGUGAAGAUAAGAAAGAUUCCUCGCGAAGUGGAGAUGAAGAAACAUCCUCGCAUUUACUAAAAACAAAGAAACCAAGAAAAGCACGAACUGCUUUUACUGACCAUCAGCUCAAUUCACUGGAAAAAACGUUUGAGAAACAAAAGUACCUAAGCGUUCAGGAUAGGAUGGAACUUGCUGCUAAACUCAAUCUGACAGAUACACAGGUCAAAACUUGGUAUCAAAAUAGAAGAACAAAAUGGAAACGACAAACUGCAGUUGGUCUUGAGUUACUUGCUGAAGCUGGAAACUAUGCAGCAGUUCAGCGCAUGCUCCAAAGCAAUCCAUACUGGUUUACAUACCACCCACAAGCAACAAAUAUAAUCUCUAAUUUUGACGCCUUAUAUUACCGCCAAGGCGAAUCAACUUUGACGUCACCACGACCUACACUUCCGCGGAUGUUUAUUCACGGGAUACAGCAACACGUUAAUCACCUGAGCACACCGCCAGUUUUUUCACCAGAAAACAGAAGCUGAUCUCAUUUUAGUGUUCAUAAAUUAACAGUUCAAUUGACUAGUAUUCGCCGUACGGAGCCCCUGUUGUUCUGAAUGAUUCAUUGGUGUAAACUGAUGUUUAAUAUGGUUGACUGCUAUCCAUUGAAAGAAAACACUUUUUAAUUAUGGAAUUAAUUUUCUAUAGUAAUAUAUGGACUCAUUUCAGGAAUCUGUAUCGAGACACUUUGUGCAAUAUGAUAAAACAAUAUAAAAUAAGUUAUAUACAGUUAACUAAUUCUUAUUUGCGUAUGUAUUUUGUAUAUUCUCACAUAUAUGUACAGGAACCAUUAUACUGUAAUAUUUCUUUCUUUAUUUAUUGUUUCAAUUUUAAAUUGUUGUAAAUAAAACGAUA